UGUGCCACGUGUAUGAUACAAGACUAGGCGCACGAACAUACCGUGCACCUAAGGGCACUGGAUCAGCUCCUAACUUCAAAAUUCGGUUUCUGACCGUUUCAGUUUAUCGUCAAGCCUUGAAAUUCUGUUAAAGAACAAACCAGCCACUCAUGUCCGUACAACCACAUCAGCGUGCAGAUAUUGCAAUCCAAAAGCAUAGAGAAAUACCCAAAUCCAAUCUCAUUCCUUUUCAGAAAUCCAAAUUAGAAUUUCACCUAAUCCGAUUUUCCGCCACCACCAAACACCACUCUCUUUCCUCGAAACCAGAAUCAUGGAAUCUCCUGAUCAGAGAAUAUUCACAAAGCAGAACUCCCAAAGACUCCAUCCUCUUAUUUCAUCAGCUUCUAAUUGACGGUUUUUUUGUUCCAAAUCAUCUAACCUUCCCCUCGUUAUUUGAUGCUUGCCGUCGAAUUCGAGCAAUUGAAGAAGGUAGGCAGCUGCAUUCACAGGCGAUUAAAGUUGGAUUGAAUGCUGAUGUUUUUGUCCAAAGGGCUCUUGUUCGGUUGUAUGCAAGAUGUGGCUGCUGCGAUGAUGCUUCGAGGGUGUUUGAUCGGUGUCCCGACCCAGGUAUCGUUUCCCAAAAUGAUUUGAUUAGUGGAUAUUUAAGAAUUGGAGAGAUGCGGUAUGCCCGACGGGUUUUUGAUGGAAUGGAUGAGAAGAAUGUGGUUUCUUGGAGUGUUAUGGUUGAUGGAUAUGCGAAGAAUGGGGAAGUUGAGAUUGCUCAGGAACUGUUCAAUGAAAUGCCUGAGAGGAACUCAUUUUCAUGGAAUUCGAUAAUGGGUGGGUAUUUGAGAUGUGGGUGUGUGGAAGAAGCUCGUCAUCUUUUUGAUCGGAUGCCGGAGAGAGAUGUCGUCACGUGGACAGUUAUGAUUUCAGGUUAUGCCCAGAAUUGCUUAUUUAGGGAGGCUCUGGAGACAUUCUUGCAAAUGCAGAUUGCCGGUCUGGAGCCAAACAGGAUCACGCUUGUGAGUGUUCUUCCAGCCAUAGCUCAAUUGGGUGCACUUACACAAGGACGGUGGAUUCAUGCCUACAUAGACAAGAGAGGGAUAGAGUUGGAUGGUGUUCUUGGAUCAGCUCUUGUGGAUAUGUACUCAAAAUGCGGGUGCAUAGAAGAAGCUCUUGAUGUGUUUGAGAAGCUCACAUGGAAGGAAUUAUCUUCUUGGAAUUCAAUCAUUGGAGGCCUCGCGGCUCACGGCCUUGGCAAAGAUGCCCUCCAUGUUUUCUCGAGGAUGCGGGAGGACUCUUCGAUGGUCCCCAACGAUAUAACUUUUGUCGGUGUUCUAAGUGCUUGUAGCCAUGCAGGGUUGGUGGAAGAGGGUCGAAUGGCCUUCAAUCUUCUUACGGAUUUUUAUAAGAUGGCUCCGAAUGUUAGGCACUACGGAUGUAUGGUUGAUCUUCUAGGACGGGCGGGGCACUUGGAAGAGGCACGAGAGCUUAUAGAAAACAUGCCUGUCGAGAGUAACUCUGUCAUAUGGAAGACUCUACUUGGUGCUUGUAGAAUUCAUAAGAAUGUUGAGCUGGCCGAGCAUAUAUCAAGAGUUGCGACUGAAAUGGGGGAUCAAGAUAGCGGUUUUUAUGCACUUGUGUCCAAUAUUUUCUCUGAGGCAGGACGAUUGAAUGACGCUGGUAAGAUGAGAAGAAAGAUGAAUGAUUUGAAGGUGAAAAAGGUUGCUGGUUGCAGUUCGGUAGAGGUGGGUGGUGUUGUUCAUGAGUUCCUGAUGGGCGGAGAGAAUUUCCAUGCUGAAAGUGAAGCGAUCUGUUCAAUGGUAGAUGAGAUGGAGAGACGGAUGGGGCAGGGAGGUUACCGAACAAAUGCAUCCAAGGUGUCGAUUUGUGCAGGACAGGAAGAGGAGAGGCCCCGAAUGGGUCACCAUAGUGAGAAACUGGCGAUUGCGUUUGGACUUAUUAAGACUAGUCGCAGAACACCAAUUCGGGUGAUGAAGAACCUUCGAGUUUGCGAUGACUGCCACACUGCGACAAAGCUCAUAUCCAAGAUCUACGAUCGAGAAAUAAUAGUGAGGGAUCAGAGUCGCUUUCAUCGUUUCAAGAAUGGGACAUGCUCUUGUGCAGAUUAUUGGUGAACUUUGAGAUAUUUAUGCAAUUUUCAGGUAGAAGAGCAUUGAAACUAAUAGGCUCUUUUCAUAAAAAUAUAAGAAUAUGUUCGAUGCACAGAGCAUGUUAGAAAACAGACUAGCAUUUGAGAUGAAAUUACAUUCAUUUUUGUAGGGAGAA